UGUGACGUCAUCAGGCGGCGCCGCUUCAGCGCUGGGAUUCAACCUAUGGAUUCAACUGGAGAAAGGAUAAAGUGUCCAAACGCAGAGAAAAACACCUGCUGAAGCGACUGAUCUCCACACUGUUAUAAAGAUGGCGUUUAUUAAAGAGGAGAGUGAAGACCUGAAGAUCGAAGAAACAUUCACAGUCAAACAGGAAGAUCUGCAGGAACAAACAGACCAAAUUGAAGAGAAUGAGGGGAGUAAAGAGGAGGAACAUCAUGUCAAAAUUGAGGAAAAAAAUCAUUUACAGACUGGUGGUAUUUUAAAAAGGAGAUAUGAGAAUCGUUUCACCUGCAGCCAGUGUGGAAAGAGUUUUGGAAGAAAAAGCAAUCUUAAGAUUCACAUGAUGAUUCACACUGGAGAGAAACCAUUCACAUGCACUCAGUGUGGGAAGAGUUUCAGCUGCUCAAAACACGUUAAUCUACACAUGAUGAUUCACACUGAAGAGAAACCAUUCACAUGCACUCAGUGUGGGAAGAGUUUCAUCCGCUCAUCAUCCCUUAAUAUACACACGAGGAUCCAUACUGGAGAGAAACAAUUCACAUGCACUCAGUGUGGGAAAAGUUUCAGCCAAUCAUCACACCUUAAUCAACACAUGAUGAUCCACACCGGAGAGAAACCAUUCACAUGCACUCAGUGUGGGAAGAGUUUCAUCCGCUCAUCAUCCCUUAAUCUACACAUGAGGAUUCACACUGGAGAGAAACCAUUCACAUGCACUCAGUGUGGGAAGAGUUUCAGCAACUCAUCAGACCUUAAUAAACACAUGAAGACCCACACUGGAGAGAAACCAUUUACAUGCACUCAGUGUGGGAAGAGUUUCAGACGCUCAUCACACCUAAAUGAACACACAGUGAUCCACACCGGAGAGAAACCAUUCACAUGCACUCAGUGUGGGAAGAGUUUCAGCCGAUCAUCACCCCUUAAUAAACACAUGAUGAGCCACACCAUUCAGAGAUACCAUUCACUUGCACCUAAGCUGCAGCCACACUAGACUUUUCUCCCCAUAGACUUCCAUUCAUACGCACACGAAUGCGUCAGACCGAAAAUGCAAGUUUCGCAGUUCACUGCAAUGCAAAGUUCAAGCUUGGUGAACUCUGACCUGCGAAAUCACUUUACUUGACUGUGUGAGACCAAUCGAAGAUCAAAACAUGACCUCUCUGGACAGAAAUGUAAAAUAUGGACCAAUCGCUCACUUUUUUUAAUAUCUAUUCAUCUUGUUUAAUCCUGCCCUUUUCGCAGAGCUGUACAACAGAAUUUUGCAUGCUCAAACUCUAGUGUGACUCACGCUUUGGCGUGGGAUGAGUUUCAGCAACUCCUCAUACCUUAAUAAACACAUGAGGACCCUCACUGGAGCAUUUACAUACACUCAGUGAGGGAAGAGUUUCAACCGAUCAGCAAACCUUAAUGAACACAUGAAGAUCCACACUGGUGUGAAAGAGUAUAUGUGCUUUGAGUGUGAGAAGACUUUUAUUACAGCUCCAAAAUUGAAACUGCACCAGAUGUUUCACACUGGAGAGACCGUACAAUUGUUCACACUGUUACAAGAGGCUUAAUCAAUUAACACAUCUAAAAACACAAAAGAGGAUUCACACUGGAGAGAAACUGUACAGAUCUGAUCAGUGUCUACAGAGUUUCGCUCAUUCGGCGCAGCUUAACAAACACAUGGACAAAAAGUUGCACACAUGACAUGAAUGCAGCAAAACAUUUUCUCAUGUUCACAGGAUGUUUCAUGUCUAAAUAAUGUUUGAAAAGGCUCAGUAUACUGUUUUGAAAAAGCUGAGUGACUGUAUACUGUUUUCCAGCACUCCUACACUGCAGUAGGUCGGGUUGCAAAUGUGUUGCGCUCCUCGCGUUUACCGUAAACACAUUAAUGGCGGCUGAGAGAAGAACAGUUUCAUAAACAUCUGGCAAACAGCACCUCUGCGGCUUAAAAUCUCUUUGCAAGUGAUUGUACAGGUGCGGAUUACUUGUAUCAUGUAGUUAAAGUGUUGCUGUGAUUAUAUCCUAAGUUCUUUAUCUACAUUAUUAUCCCUAGACAUUUGUUGGUUGCUUUGAUUGAUUGUUCUAUGAGUUACAUUUUAUAAUAAAUAAUUUGCAUUCAGGCUA